CGUAAACCAAAAGAAGGCGUCGAAAAAGAAGGAGCUCAAGGAUUCAUCAAAGGUGUUGGCAAAGGCCUCGUUGGAUUUGUUACCAAACCUGUUGUUGGUGUGUUCGACUUAGCUAGUAAUGUGACCGAAGGUAUUCGUAAUACCACUACAGUAUUUGAUGAAAAUGAUCUUUCACCUGUAAGGUUACCACGUUUUGUAGGACGUGAUGGUAUCCUUAGG